AUGCUGAGCCGCUGUGGUCGCCAGGCUUUGCGAUUGGUCCCGCGCACGGGAAGCUCUUCCAGAGCUAUCGCCAUCACUACUCAACUCCGACCGGCUGCUCCCUUGUGCGUCUCCAGCUCAUUUUCUCAGAGCCGGAGUGUGUCAUCCUCCAGUCGCGAUGGACAGCAACAUUUGCUCUCCGCACACCUCGAGGAGGAAGACCCCACAAUCUACAAUAUUCUCCAGAAGGAGAAAAAACGCCAAAAGCACUUCAUCAACCUGAUCCCUUCAGAGAACUUCACUUCACAAGCAGUCCUUGAUGCUCUCGGCAGUGUGAUGCAAAACAAGUACUCAGAGGGUUAUCCCGGUGCUAGAUACUACGGAGGAAAUGAGCAUAUCGAUGAGUCGGAGAGGUUAUGUCAACAGCGUGCGCUGGAGACCUUUCGACUCAAUCCAGAAGAAUGGGGUGUGAAUGUCCAACCACUUUCCGGCUCCCCCGCCAACUUGUAUGCCAUAUCCGCCCUUCUCAACACGCAUGACCGCCUGAUGGGCCUGGACUUGCCUCAUGGUGGUCACUUGUCACAUGGUUAUCAGACUCCCACUAAAAAGAUCUCUUUCAUCUCGAAAUACUUUGAGACCCUUCCUUACCGCCUUGAUGAGUCCACUGGUCUCAUUGAUUACGACGCCCUCGAGAAGCAGGCGAUGCUCUAUCGCCCCAAGCUCAUUAUUGCCGGUACUUCGGCUUAUAGCCGAUUGAUCGACUACCCUCGGAUGCGCCAGAUCGCAGACGCAGCUGGUGCAUACCUUCUCAGUGACAUGGCCCACAUCUCUGGACUGGUUGCUGCGGAUGUACUUCCCUCGCCUUUCAGUCACUCCGAUGUGGUAACAACGACUACUCACAAGUCCCUGCGUGGGCCCCGUGGUGCCAUGAUCUUCUACCGCAAGGGUAUCCGCCGGACGGACAAGAAGGGCAAUCAGGAGAUGUAUGACUUAGAGAAUCCUAUCAAUGCCUCCGUCUUCCCGGGCCACCAGGGUGGCCCUCACAACCAUACCAUUACUGCUCUCGCAGUUGCACUGAAGCAGGCUCAGUCAACCGAGUUCAAGACCUACCAGGAAACCGUUUUAGCUAAUGCUCAGGCAUUGGCCGAUCGACUUGGCAGCCCUCUCAGCAAUGGGGGUUUGGGAUACAACAUUGUGUCCGGUGGAACGGAUAACCACCUGGUCCUCGUGGAUCUGAAGAACCGUGGGGUUGAUGGAGCCCGUGUUGAACGUGUUCUAGAACUCUGUGGCGUUGCUAGCAACAAGAACACCGUUCCAGGAGAUCGGUCAGCCUUGAAGCCCGGUGGUCUCCGCUUGGGUACUCCUGCCAUGACUACUCGUGGCUUCCAGCCCGAGGACUUCCGUCGCGUGGCCGAUAUUGUUGACCGCGCGGUCAUCAUCACCCAAAAGCUGGACAAGGCUGCCAAGGAGAGCGCUGCGGCUAAGGGCGUUAAGAACCCCAACACUGUCAAGGCCUUCCUGGAAUAUGUUGGCGAGGGCGAGGAGAUUUCAGAGAUUGUGCUCCUGCGGCAGGAAGUUGAGGACUGGGCAUUACAGGCAAAGCAAACAGACUCAAGCCAUGGAAAUCAGCCAGGUAAGGAGUCCUCCAAAAUCCUGUACAUAUAUCCCAUCAAAUCCCUUCGUGAGGUAGCCGUUCCCGAGGCUGUCCUCACCAGCACCGGCUUUGAGUAUGACCGACGUUUCAUGCUCCUCAAGGUCAACCAAGACGAUGACGGUGUCGAAACCCUCCAGAAUAUGCAUAUACCGCAUUUCCCCGAGAUGAGUUUGUUUCUAACAGACAUCGUAUUCCCAACCGAGGGUGAAAACAAUGGAAAGAUCAUUGUGACGUAUCGCCCACCAGGCGUGAAAGACAACGGUAAUUCUCAGAUCAAAACGUUGGAGGUACCAUUAGAACCAGAUGUGCAGGGUUUGGAAGAAUUGACAGUUACAAUGCAUCAAAGUCCGACAAGGGGUUAUCAUAUGGGUAGCAAAUAUAACGACUGGUUUAGCCAGUGUUUCGGAUACAAGGUGGUUCUUGUAUAUCUGGGCCCACAUUGGAGGAGGGUCUUAGGGAGCUUUCCACCGGGUAAAAGUCAGGCACAUCGCGAACAGACGACUCCACUUGUUUCUAAACAGUCAGUGACCGUCUUAGCUCUUCUCAGCUUGCUUCUGAACAUUGGUGUGCCACUUGGGCAGAAAGGAAUUAGCUCGUUCAUCCUCCUUGUCCUAGUGACUACAACCGUUGCUGUUCUCGUGACUCUUGGUGCUAAUAGAUACGGGGCUGGGACCGGUAAAAGGAAGGAAGAAAGAAUUACCUUUGCCGAUACGGCACCAUAUCUUAUGAUAUCAGAAACCUCGGUAGACAACGUGUCUGCCCGCUUAGCUGGCGACAUGGCGAUGGACCUGAGAAAAACCCGGCCAAACAUUGUCAUUUCGGGUGCUAGAACAGCUUUCGAGGAGGAUUUCUGGGCGGAGCUCAUGGUGGGAGAAAAUAUUCGACUUCUAUUGACGGCGAAUUGCAUCCGAUGUCAGAGCCUCAAUGUUGACUAUAUGACCGGGAAAAUGGGAGCAGGAGACAGCGGCAACAUUCUCAAGAAGCUGAUGAAAGAUCGGAGGGUAGACAAGGGCGCGAGGUUCUCGCCCGUGUUUGGAAGGUAUGUGUUCCUAGACCGGAACUGCGAGAAUGCCUCUAUCCGAGUAGGAGAAGAGGUGACUGUAUCCAGAAGGGUGGAGGAGCGGACAACAUAUGGCGCCCAUAUAUUCCCGCUCCUACCGGGGUUUCCAGCCCACCAAGAGAUUGGCACAAUGGAUACGACGAUUCUUCGUCGCAAAGAUACCACCAAGGGUCCUCCCUUGCGGAUCUUAUCGUUAGAUGGUGGCGGCGUCCGCGGUUACUCGAUGCUCAUCAUCCUCCAGGAACUUAUGUAUCGUGUGUACGUCGAGUGCGAAGGCAAGGCCCCUCGUCGCGAUGAAAUUCCCAAACCCUGCGAUCACUUUGAUCUCAUUGUCGGCACCGGCACCGGCGGCUUGAUAGCUCUUAUGCUGGGCCGUCUACGCCUCGAUCUUGAAACCUGCAAAGAAGUCUACGUGCGCAUGACCCGUAGGGUUUUCGAAACGGACAAGACUUUUGCUGGAAUUCCUUUCCGGUCAACCUUAUUUAAAGCCUCGAGAUUGGAGGACGCUAUUCGCGAGUGUGUACGCGAACACACCGUUUUCGAGGCCGAGGGAAAUGAUUUGUCGCCCGGCGCUCGCACAUCUUUUGCCAACACACCAUUCAGCCCCAACUCGAUCCCCCAGCGUUCGGGUAGCCGUGCCAGUUUCAGCACCGCUGGUUCGCAUUCUUCAAACCCCAGUCAGCGGAAUUCGACGUUCAUCAAUGGUCUACGCUGGGGUAAUCCAGAUGCGCUGCUGUACGACAAUCGGGAGUACCGCACGAAAACCGCGGUCACAGCAUUGUAUAAGGGCACUACACGCAACGGAUCCGCUGUUCUCUUACGUUCUUACGACUCCCGGAAAGAACCUCCUCCAGAGUUUAACUGUACAAUCUGGCAAGCUGGCCGGGCAACGUCAGCCACUGGGCUCGCUUUUAAACCAAUUCAGAUUGGACAACAUGUCUUCAUCGACGAGGGUGCUGGCACCUAUAACCCUGCGCCGCAGGUCCUGGAUGAAGCGACAGUCAACGAGUGGCCCGGUCGCGAAGUUGGAGUGUUUAUAAGCGUUGGUACAGGUAAACGUCCACCUGGUACGAACAAUCGACAGCAUGAGUGGUGGGAGGACUUCUUUGGCGAUGCGCUGGGUACAUUUGCAGAGGCGCGCCGUCGGCUGAUUGCUAAGAUCGAGGGCUGUGAAGAUAUCCAUAAGGAUAUGCUCCGGGAGCAUCUGGCCAAGCGUAACGUAGUUAAGGAUAACUACUACCGCUUGAACGUCGAAGUGGGUGUGGGGGAGUUUGGUAUGAACGAAUGGAACCGAUUGGCGGACAUCAGCACCAACACUCGUCGCUACCUCACCAGGCCUGAAGUGAAGAAGCAAAUUCUUGAUGCCGGUGUUAAGUUUGCUAGAAUCGAGCGCAUGCACCGUCGGGCGGCGCAGCAUACGGCUGCUGGAAAUGAUAUGACCAAUUUCCCAGAUGACAGUUCCAUAACCCAAAGUCCAAGGCUAUCUGUGGUGCCGCCUCCAAUUCCAGAUGCAGUGGAAUUGCCCGCUGAACUGCCAGGCGAUUUUACCCUGCUCUCACCAGCAGGGCCGCCCCCACCCCCUGUGAACGACGAUGUACUCCCAGUUCAUCCUAUCUCACAGGAUACAGUUUUGCCAACACCGGCUCGGGGUUCAGUCAGUGACCUGAGCGACAUCAGCCGACCCAGCUCACAACAACACGGGUCCCCGCGACGAAGCACCGAUCAUGUGCAUGAUGGCAUGCCGCCACCAGUACCUCCAAAGACUCCUAUCCCGUACCCCAGUGAGUUGGGAGGCAUUCCAAUGCCCACUCCAUUAGUAACGACGACAGGUCCUCUGGGGCACGGAUCAAAUGGGAAGAUUCGACCGCCCUAUCCAGUGGAUGAGCCUCCACCUGUGGUCAACAAGCAGCGAAAACCAAGUUAUCACGUGCGCUAG